AUGAUGACUGGAAAAAACUUGGCAACGUUCGGGGUGCCGAAUGAGGAACUCUUGCAGCCGGGAAAGCAAGACCUAUCUACGGCCCAGAUCAGGCCAGUCGAGGAGAUGCGCAUUCUCAAGCUGGUGGGUGAUGAUGAGGGGGUGCAGCACAAAGCUUUCAACUACGCGUGGGAGCGUUUGCACCUGCGCGGGUUCUCCGAAUCCGAAUCCUCGCACCCUGCCUGGAACGCCUUCAAGAAGGCGAUGUCGACCGCCGGGCUGACUAUGUCGGUCAUGAAGCUUUCGCUGAUCUGCAAUUUCGACCAUGGUGCUUGGAAGUCAGGCGACAAAUUAGAAGCGAAGCGGGACGCUUUUGAGGCUUACCUCGAGGUCAAGCAGAAAGCCUGGUUCGGGUUACACGCAUCGCUCCGGGACCUGCUUUAUGACUGGUCCAUUCAGGAGGAGAAAAAGGGGGAUCCAGCCGAGCAGCAGGAGCAGGAGCUGAACACGGAGGACGAGGCUGAGGAAGAAGAGCAGAAACCCCCGCCAGAACCAAGGAACAAAACGGAGCUUUACCAAAUCUUCAACAAAGAUGGGCCAACCAACAUGAUCGCGGGCUUCAUGUCAGAUGGACGCCUACAGCAGGUGGCCCGCCUGAUUGUCGAAAUCUCGUCGCCACUGGAGAACGCAUACUACAAGGCCUUGGAAGCGGCUGCCGAGGGGUGGCAUGUUCAGGCGUCCUUUGCAGCAUCCCGCUCACUGGGGCAGUAUGUUGAUACUGUCCAUGACAUUCUGGAGAAGUUGGGUCAAAAAAAACUGCAUGAUGCACUGCAGAUGACGAAGCCCUCCCGGCGUGCCCGGCCUGAGGAGAUGCCAGAAUGGGCACUGCAGGAGCAGGAGCUGCUGUCAACGUGCAGCAAGUUCGCUGCCUCGCUGGCAAGCAACGUGUUCUGGUCCAAUGCUCACUUCUGGAUGUCCAUGCCUGCACUGUUGUCAACAGUGCUCAGCAAAGAUAGUGCAAGGCGUGCUGAAGCGAUGCAGCAUGCAAAGCUCCUAGUGACUACCGUUCUGAAGGCGGAGCGGCAUGAAUGCAGCGAUGGUGCUUGGUCUGCCUUGCUGGCUGACCUGGGCUGGCACAAACAGCAGUUUGCGCGCGAGACAAUGGCUCUUUUCCUUCAAGCUGAUUUCGACAGCAAAAACACCUGCCUUCGAAAACUUGCCAAGCGCAUGUACAUGGGAUCUUCGACUACUAAGGACCUGCUUGAGAGCACUUUCGCGUUCUUGCAUCGCAAGGCCAGCACCCAUUCGACAAAUUAUAAAAUGGCGGACUCGUGCAAGUGGCUAUACUCGAUUGUCUCUCCGUAUGCUGAAGCAGGCGGUUGCCCGCAGGUUCUCCCCGAGCAGAGCGACUUUGACACGGUUUUGGGGCCCACCGGCCUGCCCGACCGGCUCUAUGCCAGCCAGAACAUGUUCUCCAUCAAGAAUACCCUGCUCCCUAAUCCCGAGGCCAUGCAUCGCCCGAAGCAGAUGAAAGAAAGCAAGUGGCGGAACAGUGGGCCGCUUGCGCAGCAGCGGUCUUCAGCAGCAGCGGCCUACCUGAUGCAGGACCAGGAAAGCCGGUGGUCCCACAUAGAUCUUUGUUGGGUGGGUGCCUUCUUCAAGCAAGGCGCUGUGUUCAAGCAUGCUGAUGGCGGCAACGAGCAGUAUGUCCUCAGCUUGGGUUUUCGGAAGUGGGCUGCUGCGGGGUUUCCGCUACACAUCGUGUGGAUGACGUGCUUUCAGUUGCAGGACGGUCCCUGGAAACUCAUUCCAACAGAGCUUGCGCUACGUGCUUUCGUGCCCCCGUUGAGCAAAGGACUCUGCUCAGCAUGGAGGAUCGUCGAUGCAGAGGGCGUGCCGCUGCUGGAAGGUGGUCUGCGAGCUGGCGUGUUCUUGACAGUCCCGGACCUCAAGCAGCUUUGUGCUGCACUUGGCAUUGACAUGCCAGCAAAAGGCAGCGGCAAGAAAGGCAGAGUUCUCAAGGCGGACAUUGCUCACAAACUGUGCUCAGAGAUGUUCCCGGACGACGACGCAGUCGCUCGGAACCAUAUGGUCGGUGCAAUUUGCUUCAGGUCUGGAAAAAAUCUGACGGAGGAUGAGCAGUCCGUGCUGGACUGCGUAGCACAGCUUGCAGAAGAAGAUCGUGAAUGCCCUGAAUUCAAAAAGCUGGCACAUCUCGCCAAGGCUCAGCUGCAUGAGCAGAUUCGCAAACGUGCUGUCAAACAGUCGAAGGAAUCGAGGUUUUGGUUAGUAGUGGUGUGCCAUUUCAUUUCUCGAUGUAUAACGAUGUAG